AUGGCUUUUACAGAGCUUUUAAAGAACUCGGGAAAAUUGACAUCUUCGCUGAAAGUGUCACUUUCUAAACCCUUGAUUGGCUACCGCUGCGUAAGAGCAUUACAUUCGACUUCUAACCUUGGUGUUCAAGAAGAAAAUUUGGAAACGACACAUUUUGGAUCUAGAACGGUGCCAAAAAGCGAAAAAGAAAAGUUGGUCGGGACAGUUUUUUCCAGUGUUGCCUCGAAAUACGAUGUAAUGAAUGAUGUGAUGUCCAUGGGAGUCCAUAGAUUGUGGAAAGACCAUUUUAUCAACAAACUUGACGCCGGAAAAAGACCCAACUCCAAAGAACCGCUUCAUUUUAUCGAUGUAGCCGGUGGCUCUGGCGAUAUCGCUUUCGGCCUAUUGGACCAUGCCGAACACAAAUUUCACGACAAAGAAUCAGACAUGCAUAUUGUGGAUAUUAACGCUGAUAUGCUGAAGGAAGGUGAGAAGAGAGCCAUGAACCAAGGUAAAUACUUUAAUGAUCCGCGUGUCAAGUUUUUGGUCCAAAAUGGCGAAACUCUAGAUGAAAUCGAAUCCAACUCUAAAGAUGUGUACACCGUUUCGUUUGGGAUCAGAAACUUCACUAACAUCCAGGCGGGACUCAACACUGCAUAUCGUGUUCUAAAGCCAGGUGGAAUUUUCUACUGUUUGGAAUUCUCCAAAGUGAACAACCCUAUUGUCGAUACUGUGUACCAACAAUGGUCUAAAGUGCUGCCUGUCAUGGGUUCGUUGGUCGCCAAUGACUACGACUCUUAUCAGUAUCUCGUGGAGUCAAUUCAAAAGUUUCCAGAACCAGAAACUUUCAAAGGCAUGAUCGAAAAAGCCGGUUUUCAGAGUGCAGGUUACGAACCGCUCACAUUUGGUGUUUGCGCCAUUCAUUGGGGAAUUAAAACUUAA